AUGUCCGCAUCAACCAGCUCCGCAUGGAGCGAUGGCCCCUCUUCGGCGCUCUCGCGCGAGCUUACAGCCAAAUGCAUCUCCAUCAUCAACCGCGCUGACCCGGAUCUCGUGCGCUUCAUGAAGGCGCAACUCGCCAAGGUCAACCCAGAGCAGGGUCCCACGUACGCGCUGCUCGACCACUUUGGCGCCGAGCUCGUUGCCAACUGCGAGGAGGCCAUCGGGACCCCGCCCGUCUGGAAGGAGGUCCACGCGCCGACGGCACCGACGACUGAGAUCGACAGCAAGGGUAACAUCGUCUACCACGAGGCCAAGCGCGAGGGCGUUCGCAAGCUCGAAGCCUACGUCAAGGAGAUGGCCGCCGGCACGCGCGGCAGUAACGCCUCGGCGCUCGCGCAGGUCAACGUCGAGCGCGCGCAGGAGAACAUCGCCAAGCUCUGGACGCUCAUCCGCAACGAGCCCUCAGUCAGCAAGCUGGGAAAGGCCACCAUCAAGUCGCUUUACAGCGAAGUCGUCCGUUCCCUCGGGCAGUCCGGCUCCGCCACCGGCGCCGCCGGCAGCUCCGCAGCGGCUGCCAAGAAGCCCCUCUCGGCGCGCAGGGAAAGCGGCAGCCGCACGUCCAUCGUCAGCGGCAUGACCGCUGCGCCGGAGUUCUCCAUCCCAGACGACAGGCAGCCGUUCCUCAACAUUCAACGCAAGGUCGCCGGCAGGUGGCAGAGCAGCGCCAAGCUUACCAGUGUCUACUUCAGCUUACUCGGCGAGAUGGCCAAAGAGGGUCUCACUUUCGAGAACAAGAAUGCUCUGCUCACUGGUGUCGGGAAAGGCUCAAUCGGUCUCGAGAUGGUUAAGGGUCUCCUCGCAGGCGGCGCACGCGUGAUCAUCACCACUUCAUCCUACUCGCGCAAGACAUGCGAGUUCUACCAGAACAUCUACCAGGAGGUCGGCUCCCGCGGCUCGUCGCUCACCAUCCUGCCGUUCAACGGCGCGUCGAAAGCCGACGUGCAGAGCCUCGCGGACUACAUCUACGACACGAUGAACAUCGACCUCGACCACGUCUACGCCGGCGCCGCCAUCUCGGAGCAAGGCAUGCCGAUCGACCAGAUCGGUGACAAGAGCGAGCUGGCACACCGCCUGAUGCUCACCAACGUCAUCCGCCUACUCGGUGCCAUCAAGGCCAAGAAGGAGCAAAAGCACUUCAAUUCGCGCCCUACGACUAUCAUCCUCCCGCUGUCGCCCAACCACGGCAUCUUUGGCGGCGACGGCCUCUACUCUGAGUCCAAGAUCGGCCUCGAAACGCUCGCCAACCGCUGGUCCUCCGAGGGCUGGUCCGAUUACUUGUCCAUUACCGGCGCGUGCAUCGGUUGGGUUCGUGGAACAGGUCUCAUGGAACAGUCUAACAUCGUAGCGCAGUCACUCGAGAAGAUGGGCAUGCGCACGUUCAGCAGCAUCGAGAUGGCCUUCAACCUGCUCGGCCUGCUGCACCCGGUCUUUUCCUCCGUCGCACAGGUCGAGCCAGUCCUCGCGGACCUCGGCGGCGGAUUCGACCGCAUCCCGGACCUGGCAGCCAAGACGGCAUCGCUGCGACAGGGCCUGCAGGAGGAGGCGAUGCGCAAGCGCGCCAUCAACCUCGACGCCUCGGCCGACUUCAAGGUGAUCAAGGGUGCCGCGGCUGAGGCCCUGCACCAAAAGGUGUAUGUACAGCCGCGUGCCAACUUCCGCUUUGCGCAGCCCGGUAUCCUCGGGUCAUACAAGGACCUACGCUCCAUCGCCAAGCUUGAUGCGCCGAUCGAUUUGGACAAGGUCGUCGUCUGCACCGGCUUUGCCGAGGUCGGACCUUGGGGCUCCGCUCGCACGCGCUGGGAAAUGGAGGCGCGCGGCGAGUUUACCAUCGAGGGCACGAUCGAGAUGGCCUGGAUCAUGGGCUUCAUCAAGCACCACAAUGGCCCCCUCAAGAACGGCGCCAAGUCCUACGUCGGUUGGGUCGAUGCCAAGAGCGGCGAGCCGGUCGAGGACAAGGACAUUAAGGCCAAGUAUGAGAAGGAGAUCACUGAGCAUGCCGGCGUACGCCUGAUUGAGCCCGAGCUCUUUGGCGGUUACGACCCCAAGAAGAAGGGCUUCAUGCAGGAGAUCGAACUCAACCACGAUCUGGAACCGAUCGAGGUCUCUGCAGAGGAGGCGGCCAAGUUCAAGCGCGAGCACGGCGACAAGGUCGACGCGUGGGAGGACGCAGCGGCGGGCGCUUGGUUCGUCAUGUUCAAGAAGGGCGCGCGCAUCCUGGUCCCCAAGGCCAUCGCGUUCAGCCGCCUCGUCGCCGGCCAGAUCCCGACCGGCUGGAGCGGCAAGCGGUACGGCAUCCCCGAGGACAUCGUCGCCAACGUCGACCGCACGACGCUCUGGGCACUCGUCUGCACCGCCGAGGCGCUCGUCAUGUCCGGUCUCGGAGGCAGCGCGUACGAGCUGUACAAGUACGUCCACCCUUCGCACGUCGGCACCUCUCUCGGUUCCGGCAUGGGCGGCCAGUCGUCCAUGCACAAGAUGUUCAUCGAUCGCGUCAAGGAGCUCGAGGUGAGCCAGGAUAUCCUGCAGGAGACGUUCAUCAACACCGUCGCCGGCUGGUGCAACCUGCUGCUCCUGUCCUCGUCCGGUCCCGUCAAGAUCCCCGUCGGCGCAUGCGCAACCGGUCUGCAGAGUAUCGAGAUCGCCUCCGAGACCAUCUUGGCCGGCAAAGCGAAGGUGAUGAUCGCCGGCGGUUUCGACGACCUGUCAGAGGAGGGCUCGUAUGAAUUUGCCAACAUGAAGGCCACCUCGAACGCUAUCGACGAGCUCGCUGCCGGCCGCGAGCCCUCUGAGAUGUCACGUCCGACGACGCGCAGCAGGAGCGGCUUCAUGGAGUCGCAAGGCUGUGGUGUGCAGAUCCUCAUGAGCGCGCGCCAGGCCAUCGAAAUGGGCUGCCCGAUCCAAGGUGUCGUUGCGUACUCCAGCACUCACACCGACAAACAAGGUCGCUCCAUCCCUGCACCCGGCCACGGUGUCAUGUCUGCCGCUGCACCGCUCCAGAAAGCUCUAGCCGGAUGGGGUCUCACCGCGGACGAUAUCGGUGUCAUCAGCAUGCACGGUACCAGUACGGUUGCCAACGACAAGAACGAGUCGCACGUCUACCAGCAGAUGUUCGAGAAGAUGGGCCGCACGCCUGGUCUUGCCGUCCCCGUCAUGGCUCAGAAGUGGAUCUGCGGUCACGCCAAGGGAGGUGCGGCUGCAUGGGCGCUGAACGGCGUGAUGCAAAGCGUGCUGAGCUCCGUCGUGGCAGGCAACCGCAACGCCGAUGAUAUUUCACCCGAGCUGCAAAAGUACACGUACUUGCUCUACAACUCGCACAGCAUCCAGCGCACGCCGCAGGAUUUGAACGCAGCACUCGUGACCUCAUUCGGUUUCGGUCAGGUGGGCGGUGUCAUUCUCGUACUGCACCCUGGCCAUCUCCUGGGCCGCUUGAGUCCGGAGGAGCACGAGAAGUACGAAAAGAUGCGCAAGUACCGCCAGGGAAGGACCUACGCACGCAUGCACAGCGCGCUCACCAAGGAAGACCUGGUGCGCGUCGAGAGCGCUCCGCCAUACCCUGCCGAUCUGGAGGACGAGGUGCUGCUGAACCUCAACGCGCGCGCUUCCGACCUGCCCGGUGGUACGUACGGUUUCAAGAAGCCGCUGGCUGCCCCGCCUGCCGAUGCGAUCAUCCCCGACUUUAAUAAGGCGCCAGAGGCGGUCCAACAGGAGGCCAACUUGUCAAAUAUGAUGCAAGGUAUUCAAGGUGUCGGUAUCGACGUUGAAAAGGUGUCGACCUUCCCAUCGGAUAACGAAGCAUUCCUUCAGAGAAACUUUACGCAAGCCGAAAUCGACUACUGUCGCGCUCAGCCGGACCCACGUGCUUCUUUCUGCGGCCGCUUCUGCGCUGCCGAAGCCGUAUUCAAGGCAAUGGGCGUCCCGUCCAAGGGUGCGGCGGCGUCGAUGAAGGAGAUCGAGAUCGUCUCGACGCCGGAAGGCCCCCAGGUCAAGUUGCACGGCGAGGCGGCCAAGGCCGCGCCCGGCUUCAAGUUUGCAAUCAGCUUGUCGCACUCAGAGGACUCAGCCGUUGCCAUCGCUCACAAGCUGCCUGCAUGA